UAGACAGAGCUUGGAAACACGACGAGGUUAUUGCUGAGAGAAGCUCGGGAGUAGAGAGUCGGUCUAGUUCCCAAGCCGAUACUUGUGCCCGGAUUGCGUAUAGUGAUGUCUGUACAUCCCUGAGGUCAAGAUCGCAGAAAUGGUCCCGCAGCGACGACAUCUUUCCACAACUAUAUACCUUCUACUCGGCUGUAGUGCAGUUUUAUGUGUUGAUCCAGAAUUUGCAGAACCAAUCACCAAUGUUACAGCGGCUGUUGGUCGAGAAGCGGUUUUGCAGUGUACAGUAGAUAGUUUAGGAACUUAUAAGGUGGCAUGGAUCAAAAUGGAUACGCAAACUUUACUCACCAUCCAUAACCGCGUGAUCACUAGAGAUACCAGGAUACGCGUAACGAACAGUAAUCAUAGGCAAUGGUAUCUUCACAUUCGCGAUCUGCAAGUAUCUGAUCAGGGAUUUUACAUGUGUCAGAUUAAUACAGAGCCCAUGGUUAGCCAGCACGGUUACUUGGAUGUUACGGUUCCUCCUUCUAUUCUGGAAGAAAAAACAAGUUCCGAUACAAUGAUUGAUGAGAGGUCAAAGGUCAGCCUGAGAUGCACAGCUUCUGGUUAUCCAACACCAACAAUAACAUGGAGAAGAGAAGACGGAAAGGAUAUUAAUUUGAGUCCAUACGGUGGGAAAAAACACGCAGCUAAGGUGGAAGGAGAAUACCUUAACAUAACUCAAGUCACUAGAGACGAUAUGGGAGCGUAUCUGUGUAUUGCUUCCAAUGGCAUACCUCCUUCGGUUAGUAAGAGGAUAAUGUUGCAAGUGAAUUUUCGUCCAAAGAUCCGAGUACCGAAUCAGUUAGUAGGUGCUGCUGCAGGUACAGAUGUGCUGCUAGAGUGUAAAUUAGAAGCAUCGCCUCGCCCGCUGACAUCUUGGAUUCGAAAUGACGGUAUGAUUGUCUUGAAUAACAAAAAGUAUCAGUUGACUGAAGAAGACGAUUCCUAUCGUAUUUUAAUGAAACUAAGGAUAAACAACCUACACGAAAGAGACUUCGGCUCAUACAAAUGCGUUGCGAAAAAUACAUUAGGAGAAAAAGAAGGUUUUAUCAGAUUAUACGAAAUACCACCACCUACAAGUUUGCCACAGCCCACAGCUGCACUUGAAGUGUAUAUGCCGAGGAUGAGAGAAUUACAAAAUAACAGAAAUGAAUCCUAUUCACCGAGGAAGAGUUAUGGUCAACCUGCGAGCAAUUCUUUAAUGGACGAAUCACAUAAUUUAAGCACAGAUAAGAACACUAAAGCUAAAGGUGAAGAUAGAUCGAAUAAUCGUCAGCAGCAUUCGUAUAUAAACCCAACGCCAAAAGCAGAAUCAGCUUUAAGUGGAUGUCUGUCAAGUAAAGUUAACCUAUUUUCAUCUCUAUCACUUGUGACACUAUCUGUGUUGUGGAAAAAUCUUCAAUAAUUAUGACGAAUCUGACAUCACCAACGUCGUCAUUGUAUACAUAACAAUGUUGAACUAGUCAAUGGCGAGUGGUGCUUAACAGUGCAGGUAAAGUGCCAAUAGAAGUAAAGCAGUCCGUCUUUUGCCAGCAGCGUUUGAACAUUUUUAAUAAUAAUAAAUAAUAAUAAAAGAAAAAAACACCUGCAAGAAAAAGUGCAGUGCCAACUUUAUAAAAGCUCAAAACUGAACUCCUGUCCGAGAACUGAGAGAAUGCUGCCAAAAUAAAAAAAAAAUUUAAAAAAUAAAAAAAUAGUAUAAAAAGUGAAGGAAUGUUCUAUCACAGAUAGGACCAAAGUCGACUCUUCCAUCCAUUCGUAAUUUAUUUGUAGAGAAAGGAGUUAAAAGCACAAAUUCGAAGGAGGACAAUAAUAAAAAAAAACACUCUAACCUGCAUCUUUUAAAAAUUCUAAUUUUAACAAUUUAAGGAAAAAAAACAAAUUAUAUUGCACAUGAUAGUAAAUAUUUAAAAUAAAAAAACGGCUUGUAAAAUAUAUCUUAUGUAUUCUUUCAUUAAUUACUACUGUUAUCAUCAUUACUAUUAUUAUUUUUUUAAUUUGAUUUUUUCCACAUUGUAUCUGUUAAUUGUUAUCAAAACGCGCAUUUGUGAAGUUCUGCAUUUUAUGUCAAAUUAUUCUAUUCAAAGAUGGCAGCAUGCGUGAAGAAUUAUGGAAAAAUAUUUCGUCUAAGUUGGAAUUCAGGCAAUUGUGGCAAUAAAUUAUUUGAUCUCUCGUA